GUCAGCCCGUCAGCCGCAUUCAGUCUGAUCCGCUUCUGUCGCUCUGAGUCCCGGUACCGGCCCCGGGACGCCUCUCAUGCUCUGUCCACCUCGCAGCGCGUCAGUCCGGGCUUUAAUCAGCGGAGAAGAGCGGCGGAGCGGCGGCAGCAUCUGGAGGAUGAUCUGUGGUUUCCCAGCAGGCCUGUGAAGAUGAGUGUGACAUCCUGGUUCCUGGUGAGCAGCUCGGGGACUCGACACCGUCUCCCCAAAGAGAUGAUCUUUGUGGGCCGAGAGGACUGUGAGCUCAUGCUGCAGUCUCGCAGUGUCGACAAACAACACGCCGUCAUCAACUACAACCCGACGACUGACGAACACCUGGUGAAAGACCUGGGCAGCCUUAACGGGACGUUUGUAAACGACCUGAGGAUUCCUGAUCAGACCUACAUCACCCUCAAACUGUCCGACAUCAUCCGCUUCGGAUACGAUUCUCACGUCUACGUUUUGGAGAAAAGUCAACACAAAGUCCCAGAGGAGGCUCUGAAGCAUGAGAAGUACAGCAGUCAGCUGCAGAUCAGUCUGAAGGCUUCAGAGAAGAAGAAGAUGGAGCUGGAGGACCGAGCGAGAGCCGAGAAAACACAGAGUACAAAGAGUACACAAGAGGCUCCAAUGUGUCGGCCCACUCCUCUGUACGGUCAGCCCUCCUGGUGGGGGGAGGAGGAUUUAGGGAGUAAAGUUGAGACCGAUGAACCACAUACAGAAGUCCAGAGAGAUGCUUCCUCUGUGGAUCCGGACUUUUCUGGAUCUUUGUCGGACUCCCAGCCGAAGACCUCCUUCCCUCCGUUCCACCGUGAGCCGAGCUACUUCGAGAUCCCCACAAAGGACUUCCAGCACCCCAAAACCUUGGGGGCGGAGCUUCAUGAGAUCCCCACCAAGGACACAGACACGCCCCCGACGUCGCCGUCCCCACCGACCCCGACCCCGCCCGUGGUUCAGAGCCACGCCUCUUUCACCAUCGAAUUUGACGACUGCAUGCCCGGCAGGAUGAAGAUCAAAGACCACGUCACCAAGUUCUCUACCCGCCAGAGGAAGCAGCAGGCCCCGCCCAGCACCGCCGCCACAACCACGCCCACAGACGUGAUGUCAGCAGAGAGCAAGGUGGCUGAUUGGCUGGUCCACAGUGAUGUCAGCAUGAUGAGAAGACGUCCAACGUGUGAAGACGUUUACAGCACCAAGAGCGACCUGGCCAUCAACAUGAAGACCCUCAAAGGUCACCAUCACGAGGACGGGACCCAGAGUGACUCCGAGGACCCGGUGCUCAAAGGGAGGAGGAGUAAGUCCCACUCCGUCCAAUCGGAUCAGUCGGAGGCGUCAGGUACGUCUCCCCAUUGCGAGCCGCCGGCUCCAGAACAGACGCUCCACCAGGCACUGCAGUACUCUCCCCCCGGCCCUGUGGCCCCUGAGCGGCCCCUGUCCCAGAGUCCUCCUCAGCCUCAGUCGCCCACCGCAGAAUCACACAAGCAGGGGCCCCCCGAGCACCUCCCCCAGCAGGCCUUCAUCAUCGAGUUCUUCGACGACAAUCCGCGUAAAAAGCGUUCCCAAUCCUUCACGCACAACCCCACCCACGCUGACUCGUACUCCGCCCUGAAGGCCAAGCUGGAGCGGCGGAAAGGCGGCGAGAGGCCAGCGUCUGUACACGGCCACAUCCCCCCCACCCAGCAGGUGACGGUUCCCCUGAAGGGUCAGAGCCACGGCGGACCCCAGAGGUCCAGCUCUCUGAAGAGGGAGAAGACGGAGGGGGAGGCGGCGACCUCCUCUCGCCCCUCCUCGGGUCUAACUGUCAGGCCCUUCGGUAGCAUCGGGAAGAAGUCCAAGCUCGCCCAGGAGUUCGCUGCCGAGUUCCUGAAGGAUUCCUCCCCUACGAGGGACAAGAUGUCCCCCCCCCCGAUGUCUGCACCGCCGGUGAUGGUGACGCCUCCUCAUGCAAGAAUCCCCUCCCCCCAAGAACCUUCAGCACCUUCCUCUGUCGCCCACCCGACUUCCCCCGUACAGCCUCCCGCAAACUGCUCAGUACCCUCUCCGGUCCACUCCUCUGGGCCUCCCAUGUCCCCCAUGCUGCCCCUCUGUGUCCGUGCAGGAGACCCCAAAGCUUCCCAGAGGAUGAUGAGGAGCGAGGAGGACGACAGCCUGAGUGAUGCCGGGACCUACACCAUCGAGACAGAGUCGCAGGACAGAGAGGUGGAGGAGGCUCGCGACAUGAUCGAUCAGGUGUUUGGUGUCCUCGACUCUCCAGAGUACAGUGGUGUGAACACAGGAGUGUAUAAACCACCUGUAAUAAAUGAUGGCAAGGAUGAUCAAGCUCACCUGCCUAGCGAUGGUAUUACUGUGGACCCGUUGCAUGGCUUUAUCCCAGCUGCUAUCAGCGGCCCCCCAACUGGCCCCAUACAGGUUCCACCUGCUCUUGCAGCCGGUCUGGAAGGACCCAAAUGGGUUUCCCGGUGGGCUAGUCUGGCAGACAGCUAUGCGGAACCUGGUUCCACUCCACCUCAAGGGGAUUGUUUGGAAGAUUUGCGCUUCAUGAACCGGUCUAUGGGAAAUUACAGCUACGAUAACUCUGAGUCGGAGUCCAGCCACAGCUCCAGGACACGAAGGCUGCUGCCCCAGGUUCCCCCAGAAAAGCUGGAUAAUGUUCCCCCGAGUAUCCUGAUUUGCCAUGAACCUUACCAAGGCCAGGAACCUCUGGACAGAGGCUCCGGUCCGCCUCGUCCGCAGGACUCCACCCAGCGCCUGGUCGUUCAGGAUGAUGUGGACCCCGACAGCCUGAGUGACGCCAGCCGCUCAGAUGACUGGCCUGUGCUGGAGAAAGCGAAGAAGAAUCAGACCAGGAUCGGAUCUUUGUCACCAGCCGGUCCUCCCUCCACCAAAUCCACCUCGUUCUACAUCGGUUCUGAAGACAGCCCGGGAAAACCCGACCAGGCCCGGAGCCCGGUUCAGUCUGAGAGGACACGUGACCUCCCACUAAAACCCCCCCCUACCACCGUCCUGAUCCGACAUCUUAGUGGACACGAACCCAGGAGGACGGGUGUCAAACCCAACAGCUCUGCUCCAAACCUCCAAAUGCAGGAUUCUGUCCCCACUAAAGACAGCUGCAUAUACUCCAUUGUCCGGCAGGAGAGCUUCACCAAAGACCGGCCCAGCGACACUGUGCAGACGAAGAAACUUCCCCACAUCUCCAGCCACCCGUCCAUCAGAGAUAUGGAGCAGCGGAGGGAAAACAUCCAGGACACACAGUCCUUCCUUCAGGAGGCCGAGGGAACUCUGUCCUCUCUGGACUCCAAGUUCCCCUCUUCUGGCUCUACCCGUAGCUCUAAGAAAGGAGGCUCCUCCACCCACAUGGACGACUCCCUUUCUGGUGAGUCUGAUGUGGACACUGCGAGCACCGUGAGCCAGGUGAGCAGCAAGAACGCUCCAGUCAGCUCUGUGUCUAAAAAGCGUCCCGCCAUCAGCAGCCUCCAAAAGGAGAAGUCCUCCUCCAGCCCGUCCAUCCAACAGAAGGGACGGCAACUCUCUGCCCGUGAACGGCUUUCUGAGAAACGCCGAAACCAGACGACUACAGAUACAUCAAGCAAGGCUGAGGCGGCGAAGCGCUUCCAGAUGCGCCGCAGUGCGGGCAACCGCGGCUCUCUGGAUCUGUCAGAGGGCCAGCAGGGUUCAGGUCCACGCUGGACCGAAACAACGUCAUCUGACCAUGAAAUUUCCCGUCCGUCCAGCCGUAGCAAGAAACUCAUUGCCCCUCUUCAGAAAGAAGACAAUGUAAAGACGCCCAAGGCGGCAACUCAGCAGGUUCUGACGCGGUCCAACAGCCUGUCAGCACCACGGCCUACCCGGGCAUCGAUGCUCCGUCGGGCCCGCCUGGGUGAGGCCUCAGAUAAUGAAGGUGCUGAGACUGACCGCGGCUCCCAGAACUCUGACCAUAUUACCGCACCGUCCAAAACGUCUGCCGAGGGGAAGAAGCUGUCCAGGCUGGACAUCUUAGCGAUGCCGAGGAAGAGAACCGGCUCCUUCACAGCUCCCAGCGACAACGAAACGUCGUCCACGGGCCGAGCCGGGUUCUCUAACCGUAACUCCGAGUCUGUCCACAGCACCAGGAAGACGUCUGUGGGCGAUGCCCGCCAGGCAGUGAGCAAAGGGGGCGGAGCUCCAGGGAAGCAGCCACUGACCCGGACCCGGUCCAGCGGAGCCAAGUACCCCAGCGCCGGUUCCCGUCGCAGACAGAAGGGCUCAGACUUCUCCUCGUCCUCGGAGGAAGAAUAUGGGAUGAGUGGCGUGAAUCCCAAAUCCAAACGGUCCUCCACUUCCUCCCAGACGCCACGCCACCGGACGGCCGCCGCGCGAUCCAAGUCUGUCUCCCUGGAGACGGAGGACGACGAAGACCAGAGCGAGGUCGACCCCUACCAGAACUGGUCCACGCACAGCGCCGAGAUUGCCAAGCUCAGUCAGGACCUGGCCAAAGAUCUGGCCAUCCUGGCGAAGGAAAUCCAUGACGUUGCUGGGGACGGAGACUCACCAAGCUCCGUCAUGGGCACGGCCACAUCACCCAACACGCUGCCCAACACGCCAGCCUCCACCAUCUCUGCCAGGGAAGAGAGGCCAUCUUAUCCAUACUUACGUGGGGUUCGACCAUCUCAGCUGGUCCAACAUAUCCCUGAGGCCAGUUUAAACUACCAGAAGGUUCCUCCAGGUUCUGCUGUCGUCUUGGACCUGGACGCAAACAUGAAUGAGCCUGAGCCCGGUUCAAAGCAACGGCGUCCGUGGAACCGCGAAGAGGUGAUUCUGGACAACCUGAUGCUGAAUCCAGUGUCUCAGCUGUCUCAGGCCAUCCGGGAGAACACAGAGCAGCUGGCCGAAAAAAUGAAGGUUCUGUUCCAGAACAAGGCCGAGGUCUGGGAGGAGAUCGAGGCGAAGAUCAACGCUGAGAAUGAAGUCCCCAUCCUGAAGACCUCCAACAAGGAAAUUACCUCCAUUUUGAAAGAGCUGAGGAGAGUCCAGAGGCAGCUCGAAGUUAUAAACACCAUCGUGGAGCCUGGUGGGGGUCUCCAGACUGCAGCCGUCGGGACGUCGUCUCUCACUCAGACUCGACCGUCCUCGAAAGAGAAGAAACCCACCACCAAACCCCGCGGCGCCCUCCCGACCUCCAAUGCCAACACAAGCACCAAAAGAGCCCCUCGUGGAGCUGACGGGGUGCACCACAUGGCCUAAACAGGCCACCGUAGCACCUCCGGAUAGUAACUACGUAUCCACACCGCCUGCAGCCUCUGUAGCACUGGAGAGGCAGAAGCAUUGUAGAUUAGCUUUGCAGCCGUGGCUUUUAUUGUGUUCGAAUAACAAAUGUGUACUAAAGGUAACGGUCAUGUGCUGCCGUUGGUUGAUCAGCAGGCAGCCGUAAAAACAAACUUCUGGUGCACCUCUCACUCAUCACAGGUUGUUGCUGUCGUAUUGACGAUGCUUCUGUAAAAACAUCCAUAAACCAGGUCCUGGACCAGGACCUUUCAACGUUUUUAUUUCCAGUGGGAAUUUGUCCCAACGGUUUGGAGAAAUUAGGCCAAUAUUUGUUUUUAUUCAGAGGAAAUCUGUUACUCCUUUAUUCCUCAGUGUCUCACAAUGCAUUGCACGGCAGUCACAUUAAUACUGUGUCUGAAUUCCAUACUGCACACCAAUAGUAUACAGUCUGUACUGCACUUUUGUGAUGCUACACAGUUUUAGUACACGACAAAAAACUGGGCCUCAUUCACAAAUAUCUUUCUAUGUUUUCUCUUAAAUACGAUCUUGAGAAAGGUCCUAAGAAAAGUCUCUGUCUGAAUCGAGAUGUCUUCUUAAACUGCAGAAUUGUUGGUACCUGUGUUCUUAGAAGGAUGAAUGUCAUUGUUCUCGCAUACAACUGUAGAAUAACCAAUGAUUUUGCACCAACGUGUCCGCAGUGAAUGUGUGUGUGCCUAGAUAAGAGGUAAGAAAACUUUGGUGGAUCUCAGGAUCUUUGUGAAAAUUGUGUUGUGAAUGAGACCCAGUGAGGUCGACCAGCAGAUCAUGUGACACCAGCAGCGAUGGAGGUCAAAGUAGGAUGCAAGUGACAGUGUAAUGAUACUGUUACAGACGCAUUUUGUUAGGACGGUAUGAUGUCUGAGUUUGAGCACCAAAAACAAACUGAUUUCCUUUGAACUGUUUUUCCACAAAACCCAUUUUUUUGUUUCACAAAAGCAGCCAUAGUUGUCGAAAGUUAAAUGUUUAAACACACCAAAACGCACAAGAACUUUCACCAAAAUCAUCCUAGUGCCGUAAAGCCAUGCGCACUUCUUCCGGGAGAUCGUACGACACGAUUGCACCAACAUGAAGUCGUUAUUUUAACAACAUUUUAUAAACUGGAAGGCAGAUACAAUAAUCUCGGUUGAACUCGGUUGUUCGUCACUUUCUCCACCUCAGCGAAUGGAUCCAGUUCAGUGAUUCAUUAAAAUGGUGGUGUGACCAGGAAACAGCUGCUCCAUUUCCUGUGUGCAUUGCAUUGUGGGACAAUAGUGUGCAUCAGCAGCACAGUGUGUAGCCUCAUAAAGUACUUUUUAUUCGGAGAACUGGCCCUAAAAGAUGCAGGACACAACCUGAACAAUUAGUCGACAUUUUAUGGAGCCACAACGUGCAGCCUGCUGCAGUAUCUUUAAUAUUUGUUUAAGGCAAAAUAUGUGUCAAAAUAUCAUUUUAAAUGAAGUUUGGUGGUGUUCUGGCCUACACAUUAUAUUCUACCGACUUUGUUUGGUACAGAUCCAAACAAAGAAAUCACGGCGUUAUCAUUUUAAUGUUUUUCAAUGAAAAUGAGAAUAAUUCUGUAAAAAUGAUGAUUCCCUCUCAUAUCGUGAAUCAUAACGCAGUAAUAAGUUGUGUCUCUGUGAAGGAAACUGCUGGUGAUGUGGCUUCACUGAAACACUCCAGAACAACUCUCAUUAGCAUCCAGUGACUCCAUAAGAACAAAUGCAUUUUGAGUGAAACGCUUUAACUAUAGGACUGCUUCUACAUCGCACAAGCUGGACAACGUUUAGUGACGGCUACAAAGACAAGCAGCUGCUCGCACCGCAGUAACGCAUAUUGUAAAGUUUGUGCUUUGAUAAUCUGUUGUUGCGUUGCAUUUGAACAGAUGAUAGAUUGUGUGUCAGUCUGUAUUUAAAAAGUCUCUCUGACAGGAAGCCUGUCAAAGUAAAACAGAUGUAAUGUUAUAUUAUAUUUCCUGAAUGUUCUUUUGCCGUCUUGCUGUGAUUGUGCGACGACAGGUUCGCUGUAGCUGAAUGUUGUGAGUGCUGAAUGUCUGGCUGGUCCUUGAAGGCAUCGCCUUCCUGAAUCAUAACAAUUGAAAGCAUCUGCUCUCUGAGAGAUUUAGUCAUAAAUACUGAAGUUAAAGCUUUGCUUUUAUUUCCAGAAAUGUAGACGAUCACUUUACCUAAUGCCAUAAAACUGUUUAAACUCCACCCACUGGGCGAACACAUAGAUCACAUUCACUAAAUAAAGGAAACUGGAGACGUUCUCUUGUAAAUUGGGACGUCACCGUACCAGAGAUUUAGUGGUCGAUUCCAACACCAGUGGAAAGCCACGAUUAUCGAUACCAAUACAAUACCACGGUAAAAAACAAACAAAGAGAGCGCAGACCUCCAACGAUGCUGCAUUCAGAUGCUCUUCUGAAGUCGUUCUUCUGACUUCGGUGUGUUCAUGAGCUUUAAAUCGUAAUGUGGCAACAACACAGACGCUACAAAGAAGACGUCUUGUAUUGCUCUGAACGUUUAAACAACAUGUUAACACGAAUUUUUGUCAGUCUGGAACUAACCUUUCCAAUUAUUCUGACACCACAUGAAUGCAGCGCAAAUGCCCUAUCAUGCAAGGUAAAUGACAGUGAAACAACUUCAAAAUUUUAAUUGUUCUUCCUGCCCAUGCUACACCCUUCCACCAAGUUUCAUAAAAAUCAGAACCGUAGUUUUUCUGUGAUCCUGCUGACAGACAAACAACAAACGGAGACGAAAACGUAACUUUCUUUGGCGGAAGUAAAAACACUUAAUCAGUUAGUGUCAGGAAGUUUAACAGGUCAUUAUUCCCUCUAAUAUCUAUUUUAUAUUGCUGUGAAAAUGACUGGAUUUAUUCAAGUUUCUCACCAAAAACAAAAUUUUACUAAGACUACAUUGAACACAUCAUGAUAACGUUAUCCAUCCAUCCAU